CUUUGAGUUCUUUCGCUUUCGCUACUGAACUCACUCUCUGAUAGACUCUAAAGUGAUAAGUCUAGAGCCAGACAAAAACUAACUAAACAAUACCCAAACAGAUAAAGAGAGGCAGUUAGGGGUUUCACCUGUCGUCGCUUCUUCUCCUCUCAUACUCAUACUCCAAGAAGAAGAAGAAGAAGAAAGAGGAAGGACGAGGGCAUUCCGGUCAAUUCAUCGAUUAUCCAUGUUCACUGGUAGGAGCAGCAGCACUUCAACUGGAAUCGACGGCGGCGGAUUCUGGUGGGCAGUGGUCGCGCCGCCAUCAAGAUCAGCUGUUGCCAUCACGGCGCUGGCUGGAAUCGCCGUCGUUGCCGUGUUUUAUGCUGCCACAAGGUACUAACUUAUCGAAUGGGAGGGGAAUUGCUACCGUGAGACGUUAACCCUAGCAGAUGUACAAGUUGCUACAGAUACUUAUGUUGUAGUUCAUAGCUAAGAAACAAAAACAAAAGAGUCUGAAUAGAUGAGAGCUCUUCGACGGAGUCACACUUCCUCAUCGUCGUCCAAUUCAACUCCAUCAUCAUCAUCAUCUUCGUCAUCAUCUUCGUGGCUUCAUUUGCGUUCGGUCCUUUUCGUUAUCCAUUCUUCCUCGCCAGCUUCUUGUUCAAAAUCUGAACGUGUCCGACGUAAAUCACCAUGGUCUCAAAGGAGAAGAAAGCAUGCACUUUCAACUCAACAAUGGAGCAGUUUGUUUACACAAGAGGGUCAACUUCAUGACGGUGGAAUAAAAUUCUUGAAGAAAGUCCGCAGUGGAGGUGUUGAUCCAAGCAUUAGGGCAGAGGUUUGGCCAUUCCUCCUUGGAGUCUAUGACCUGAGUAGUACCAAACAAGAAAGGGAAGUUGUAAAAACUCGGAAAAGAAAGGAAUACGAGAAUCUUCGCAGACAGUGUCGACGGCUCCUAAAACAUGGCAGUGAGAGCUUCAAGUUGAAUGAAAUUGGUGAAACCAGCUUCAAGGGGGAAAGCAGAAGUAUUUCUCAGGACACAGAUUCUUGUAGUUCUGAAGAUGUGGUUAGCGCCAGGGAGUCUCUUUCCAGCGAGGAAAAGAGCCAAGAUGAGAGCUCUGACCUUCCCGCAAGCACUUUGUUGGAUGGAGAUGAGAGUUCAAGAAAUAUUUCAAGUGCUGAUGCCUCCGCACUAAACACCGAAUCUUCUGACUCAGACUCCUCUGAGGACCCUGAAGUGAUACAGGCCCACCCUUCAUCAGAAGGCAGACAAGAGGAUGAUCUGGAUUCGCCUUCAAAAGAGAAUACUUCUCCUUCGAGGGCUGAAAACACUUCUACCUUGAGGUCCACUGCACAUUCCAAACUAUACAACAGUGAAAAUUUUGCCACAUGGCAACGGAUCAUUCGUGUUGAUGCGGUCCGUGCCAAUGCAGAAUGGAUACCGUACUCUCCAUCUCAGGCUUCAGUAUCAGAAGGUAGGGCAGGCCGUUCUGCUGAGGCUGUUGGAUUGAAGGAUUAUGAUUACCUAGAACCCUGCGGAAUUUUUCAUGCUGCAAGACUAGUUGCUAUUCUUGAAGCCUAUGCGCUGUAUGACCCCGAGAUUGGCUAUUGCCAGGGAAUGAGUGAUCUACUUUCGCCAAUUAUCGCAGUGAUUACAGAGGAUUAUGAGGCUUUCUGGUGUUUCGUUGGUUUCAUGAGGAAGGCUAGGCAUAAUUUCAGGCUUGAUGAAGUGGGAAUUAGGAGGCAGCUAAAUAUUGUCUCGAGGAUAAUCAAAUCCAAAGACUCCCACCUCUAUAGGCACUUGGAGAAGCUUCAGGCUGAAGAUUGCUUUUUUGUUUAUAGGAUGGUGGUGGUACUAUUUAGGAGGGAAUUAAGUUUUGAACAAACAAUUUGCCUGUGGGAAGUGAUGUGGGCAGACCAGGCAGCUAUCAGGGCUGGUAUCGGAAAGUCUGCAUGGAGCAGAAUAAGGCAACGAGCCCCCCCAACGGAUGAUUUGCUUCUUUACGCAAUUGCUGCGUCGGUGUUACAGAGGAGGAAAUUGAUUAUAGAAAAGUAUAGUAGUAUGGAUGAGAUUCUGAGAGAGUGCAAUAGCAUGUCUGGGCAACUUGAUGUGUGGAAACUCCUUGAUGAUGCUCAUAAUUUAGUGGUGACGGUACACAACAAAAUAGAGACUUCUGUUUCUGAGAGAGUGCAAUAGCUUGGCUGGGAAACUUGAAGACCUGAUGAUGCUCAUAAUUUGGUGGUUAUGGUAGACGACAAGAUAGAGACUUCCUUCUGAUAUGAAUAUUGGUUUCUGCAUAUGUCAUAUGCUAUUUAUAUGCUUCGAUUCCUUUCCCCAGCCACAGAUGUGCAUGAGCAUACUUCAAGUCUUCGGUGAUUCAGGUAUUCUGUAGAUUCUAAAUUAUGCUAAGCAUUUUUCCACUCGUUGAAUGGUAACGGCAAAGAUAAACUAAAUUGCUUUGAUAUAUGUGGGUUGUCCUCGCACCAUUUUUUUGGGAGGUGGGUCAGGGGGUGAGGCUAUUUUUAGUUACCCCGUUAUGAAAGAUGGGCAAGGGCAUUGCUGCGAACCACUGUGCCUUGUGGAAGGGAGGAAUACUUGAGAAUGUUGACACGAUGCCCUCAUUUCUCCCCCACAGUUGGGAGUUUCUUUCAAGACCAUUAAGGUGCUGAUAAUAGGAUGUUGUCGCUUACUUUUGAAGCUUAAUUUGUCUCUUCCCGACAGUUAUUCUCUAAUGAAUAUCUGUGCGUGAUUUGUUGUAAUUCUCUUAAAUUAAGGAUUGUUUUCUUUUUUAA